AUUUUUUUUCUCGUCAUAAUAAUAACGAUGGAUAAAUUAUCAAAUGUUACUCGUUUCUUAUCGGAUUUUCCAAAUCUUAGUCCAUCAUUAAAGAUUAAAUUUGAACAAAAUGGAUUUAUUCUUACAAAUCAGCUUCGAUUCUAUACGAAUAUUCGUAUUCUAGAACACAGACAAUUCGGUUUCUUAUCAGAAGAAGUUGAUGAAAUUGAAACAAAAAUAUUAGGUAUUAAUUGCACAUCAUGUCUAAGGCCAAUGACGCCAUCGACAUUGGAUAUUCAGACGGAAUAUAUUCGUUCUGGAUCCAAUGGUUUUGAUCAAGCGUUUGGUGGAAAAGGUCUGUCAACUGGCCGCUUAACACAGGUGUUUGGCGAAGCUGGUGCCGGUAAAUCACAGAUCUGGUAAUUGAUAGACUAACGUGAUUUUUUUUCGUCAAAAUUGAUAUUGUUUUUAUCCAGUUUUCAGCUCUGUUUUCGUGUUCGUUUGGAUGCAAGUGAAGGUGGUCUAAAUGGCGAAGCAUUAUAUCUGGAUACAGAGAAUUCAUUUCGACCUGAACGAAUCAAAGAGAUGGCUAUGAAUUAUUACUGUGAUCGUAUUCAAGAAGAACAUCUACUUAAAAAACGAAUUGAAGAAAUUCUUAUGGGAAUUCAUUGUCGUUAUGUUAAUACACAUGCAGAUGAUCUUUUAACUAUGAUCAUUGAUGGUCAAUUGGAAUCAUUUCUUGAUCAUCAUUCGAAUGUUCGAUUAUUAAUUCUCGAUAGUAUUGCCUAUCAUUUUCGUUAUGAUUAUCAACAUGAAAGUAGUCAUCGUAUUGUUCAAUUAAUGACUAUUGCCAAUAAGCUAAAACAAUUGGCACAUGAACGAAAUAUGGCUAUAAUUAUAAUUAAUCAGGUUAGUUUAUGGGCUGAUAAUCAAGCAUUAGGUGAACCGUUGAAAACAACCUGUUCUACCACAUUGAAUGUUAAACGAUUGGAUGCCUCAAAUUCAUCGAUAGAAAAAACUUUGAGACAAUGUAACGUUAUCAAAUCACCGUCUGUGGAUAAAAAUUUUCAUUUUAAUUAUAUCAUUAAUGUAAGUAAAAUGCAACAUUUUUUAGCUAAUUUUAUCUUUCGAAUAAAUCCAGUGAUUGCAUCACAACAGAUGCGUGGUCACCAUUUAUUUCGGCAAACAUUACUUAAACAACAGCAACGAUUAUUAGAUAAAUUUGAUCGUGAAGUUCGUGACACAAUGGAACGAAUCAAAACAAAUCAAAAGGUAAAGAUCAAACGGAAAAAAGCUGCACUUUCAGCCACCACUAAAGCCUUAAUGAUGGAUUCGAAAAAUCAUAUCAAUCCGAUCGUAAAAGAAUGGAAUUAUCCGACUGGUUCACCCGAACAACUAGUGAUACGUCGUCAAGGCCUACAACAAUCAUUCAUAACAAGUCGAAUGCGAAUUUUAAAUACAAAUUUUCUACGUGCAACGGCUGAAAUAUUCGCUACGGAUAGUCAUUUAUCAAAAUUGAUUCUAGAAUUUAAAUUUCGAAUUACCGAUGUUCGUGUGUCUGGUGAUUACCAAUAUCUUCAGGUAUAUUGGACGAAUGAAAAUGCCGAUGAUCGUAAGGAGAUUGGUUCCAUCCUGAAUUCCAACAAAGGUCGUCUUCAUGAAUUGUUGAUUGGAAUGCAAUUUGCUCGUAAUGUUCCUUGGAUACAAUUUGUAUUCGAUUUACAAGCAUCAAAUGAACAGGAGAUCGAGCAACGAUUGGAAAAAUGUCGUGCUGAACUUGCAAUCAAUGAUAAAAUCAAUUCUAAUCAAUCUUCAUAUCCACUUGUUGAUCGAAUCAGUACAGCUGGAUCAUCAUCAUCAUCAACUUCUAUCGAUGACAUUAAACAAUUAAGUUAUCAAAGUCAAGCAAAUGAAUAUGAUGAAAUGAAAAUGCCGGCCAAUGUGUUUAAAAAAUACGUACCAAAUUUGGAUUAUGAAACAUUGAUGAACAAAGUGAUACAAAAUAUGCCACGAACAAGAGCACAACAUCAAGAGGAUUUAUUGCAGAUGAAAGCACUUGGUAAUCCUGAUUCUGAACCUUUAUUGAAUUCGAUUCCAAACUCGAAACAAAUAGCACAAACACAACCAAUUAAUUAUGAUACAGAAAAUCGUAUCAAAUCGAUUAGAAAAUUUGUUCAAUUAAAUAGAAAACGUAAAGAUAAAAUGGAAAGACGAUUAAAAUUAUCGAUACUAUCGGAAGAAAUUGAACGUUUUGAUGAUUAUGGUGAAUUAAAAGAACAAUUAGAACAACGUUAUCGUCAACUUUUUCCCGAUCAAAUUGAAUCAUUUAUUGAAAAUGAAUAUUCUUCUCAACAAAAUGAAAAUGAUUGAUUUUACCAUCGAUCAAUAUCAAUAUCGAGCAUAGCAAAUGUUUUGAUUUGUGAACCAU